AUGACUAUCACCAUCCACCAUCUACACGUCUCAUCAUCCGAGCGUGUAAUCUGGCUGUGCGAAGAAGUCGGCGUCGACUACGAACUCAAGACAUACAAUCGUUCACCACUCUUAGCUCCGCCCGAAUACAAAUCCCUGCACCCAGCUGGAACGUCACCCGUUAUCCAGGACGGCGAUUUGACUUUAGCCGAGACCGCCGCGUGUAUCGAAUACAUCGCGCAGAAAUAUGCCAACGGAAAGCUUUUUCUAACGCCAACGCACCCCUCUUACGCGGACUUUUUGUACUGGUACCACUGGGCUAGUGGUACUUUUACGCCCACUGUCGGACGUGCUAUGUUGGUACGCGCUGGUGGGAUACCCGAGGAUAAUCUGGUUGCAAAGCUAGGAAGUGAGCGUUUCAAGAGAGGGCUGUUGGCUCUGGACAACCAGCUGCGUGAUAAUACAUGGCUUGCCGGUGAUGACUUCACGGCUGCAGAUAUUAUGGUUGUCUUCCCACUGACAACGAUGCGAUAUUUCUUUGGUUACGGUUUUCACGACCAUGUCAAUAUCGCCAAUUAUCUCAAACGAGUGGGCGAGAGAGAGGCAUACCAACGAGCCAUGAAAACCGGUGAUCCAGACUUGGAGCCAGCAUUGGGACUAGAUCACCCGAAAGCAUUUGGUGCAUGA